AGGUUAAAAAUAUGGUUCAUUUUUUACUGAAAUAUAUUUGCUUAAACAAUCUCCGUAAAGUCUCAUUAAAUUUGAAGAAAAGAAAAAGAAUAGAAGACCAUAUUAGUCUUUUCACUUUGUAAAAAGCAAUUAGAAUUUAUUUAUGGGAUCCUUAAUCUAGAAUUUGUAUUUCUUUUUUUUCUUUUGUUUUUUGGAGCGAACUUUAUUAAAUCUUUUUUUUUUUUUUUUUUCCAUAUUCUCUGAAUUACGCCCUCUCUUUUGGUCCGCGCCUAAAUCCCCCGCCUGAGCCAUACCCCGACGGCGGUGCCGCCACGCAGCGCCACCGCCUUCAAUUUCUUCCACUAACGUGAGUUGGCACAUCCUUCUAAUUCCUCAAACUCGAACUGUUUUUUUUUCCCCCCUUUCCCUUGAUAAUUUUGCUCUAUAGUGGCGCAAUGGCUACUGAUGAAGCUGUGCAACACGAUGAGGAAGUAAUCGAUAAUUCCUUCAAAGUGUCCCCGGAGAUGGAGAAGUUUCUUUGUGACCGAUUAUUGGAUCAAAGCCAGCCAAUUUCCGAACGUUUUAGAGCCCUCUUUUCUCUUCGUAACCUCCGCGGCUCUGGACCACGCAAUUCUCUCAUUUCUGCAACAAGAGACUCCUCAAAUCUUUUGGCGCACGAGGCUGCUUUUGCUUUGGGGCAGAUGCAAGACGUUGAUGCAAUUCCUGCGUUGGAAUCAGUUCUGAAUGAUCUGUCUUUGCAUCCUAUUGUUCGCCAUGAGGCUGCAGAGGCACUUGGUGCAAUUGCUUUAGAAUGUAAUAUUCCAUUGCUCAAAAAGAGUUUGGUCUCCGAUCCAGCUCAAGAGGUUCGUGAAACAUGUGAACUAGCUUUAAGCCGAAUUGAAGACAUUAAGAAUGUUAAAGUUGAUGAUCCAUCCAGAAUUGAUGCAUCACCAUAUCUAUCAGUGGACCCGGCAGCCCCUGCUUCUGGUCGUUCUAUCUGUGAACUCAGGGGUACACUUCUAGACGAAGAAAAGAGUAUGUAUGAGCGUUAUGCUGCUCUGUUUGCACUACGUAACAAUGGCGCGGAAGAAGCUGUGAGUGCAAUAAUUGACUCAUUGAACGCCAAGAGUGCUCUCCUGCGGCAUGAGGUUGCUUAUGUUUUGGGCCAGUUGCAAAAUAAAAGGGCUUCAGAUGCACUGUCUAAGACACUCAAAGAUACAAAUGAACAUCCAAUGGUUAGACAUGAAGCUGCUGAAGCUCUUGGUUCUAUUGCAGAUCAAGAAAGUAUUAUGCUUCUUGAGGAGUUCUGUAAGGAUCCUGAGCCUAUUGUCUCACAAAGCUGUGAAGUUGCACUGAGCAUGCUUGAGUUUGAAAGAUCGGGCAAAUCUUUUGAGUACCUCUUCAUGCAAGUACCGCAAGCAGAGAAAGUCGCAUAAAAAUUUUGUUUCGUUUCCGAGGGUAAUUAGAGCUGCUUCUCGGUGAAAAUGGAUACCAUGUUUUGAAUUCCGCCGUGCAAAGGGAUAAAAGUAGGGCAAAUUUGAUCUUUACUUCUAGUCUGAUCCCGUGCUCCUCCCUUUUGGUUUUAUACAGAACCGCAAUGGAGAAACAAUGGGAUGGAAAAACAUGAAGACUUGAAGAACUUACAUUCGAUCUUUACUUGGUUUAGUCGACCUGUUUGUAACCCUUUCAAGCAUAAUGCAUCUUUUGAUUCUCUUUUAAGUUACCCCAUCCGUUCGACUUUAAUAUCCACUUUGUUAUAUCAUUUUAGUUUAGCAAAAUUAACUAUUUUUUCAACAAGAAAAAAAGAAAGAAAGUAGACUACAUAUACCGGACUGUAGUCAUUUGUCAUUUCUCUUAUUUGAUUAGAUUAUUCCUCCCUUGCAGAGUGGUGUGAACGCUGU